AUGGCACGGAAAUUACCGACAUUUACCGAGCAAGCUCAGAACAGUACGCUACCUCCUAUUGGUCACUUCUUCGUUAAGCCAUCUAGUACAGCCAAUCAGAAGAGCCAGUACAAGGACACCGAUAUACGCUUUAUGGCUGACCAAGAGGAGAGUGCCCCCGCUGCGGUAGGGGAGACGGAAGAAGUGCAGGCUGAACCACAGGACCAGGCUGAAGGGAAGGCUGAGGCGGAGCAAACAGACACGGAGGAGCCAGCCAAACCAGCAGAAGCCCCUGCAGCAGAAGAUGGGGCAGAGACAAAGGCAGAAGCAGCAGACGACACAGCACAGGAACAGCCAGCAGAGACAGCUGCAGCAGAGACAGCUGCAGCAGAGACGGCAGCAGAGCAGACAGGAGAGUCCACAGCAGAACCAGCUGACACCACAGCUGAGGAAACAGCUGCAGAGGAACCACCUGCUCCUGAGGAAGAAGUGAAGCAACCGCCGAAGGUGGAGCCCACCCCCACCCCCGAGCCAGGACAGGUCCCCAACGUCCCCACCCCCUCCAGGGAGAACAUCUCCAUGGCAACGGUCCCCACGGCCGAGAUCCAUCAUGUGGACCCCCACGCUGUCUCGCCUGUUCCCUUGGCAACAAGCGCUGAUGCUACAGCCACAGUGAAGUUUGUCCUGAUGCCCAGCGGCCAUGUAACUACGCUCGCCUGCGCCCUGAGCCAGACCAUGUUACAGUUGAAGGAUCACUUCAGCGUGGAGCUCAGGAUGCCCGCAGAGCUCAUCCUCAUCACACUCAAUGGGAAGAAAAUCCCAGACUCCACCACCCUGGGAGAGCUGGGCGUCGGCCCUAACGCCACCAUCCAGCUGGAGAUCUCCUCAGCUGACCCUGUCAACACCCCCAUCAAGUCCAUCCGGCCCAAACCCGAGUACGUCAUGCCUGACAUCCUCACUGUCAGGGUGCCUCAAGAUGACGGUAAGCUCCAGGACGUAGUUGUUGAGAUCGAGCGGCCGACCAGAAGAAAACCGUACCUGGGAGGUUACAGACACAAGCUGUCGGGAGUGGAGUACCACCACGCCUCGGCACAGACCAUGGGCAGAACCACGUCUGUCAGCGAUGUACAGAAGUUCUGUAGGGACACACAAACAGUUUUCCAGAAGAACCGAGUUCAGCAGACGACCAACCACACGUCCACCCAGAUGACGAAGGUGGGGUGUUACGUCAGUAACAUGCAGGACAAGCUGAUGCUGCCGGGCAGGUACCAGUCUGCUGAGGAGUACCACAAGAUACGCCUGGAGGCUGUGAUCGUGCUUCAGGCGUACUUCCGUCGCUGGCAGGCCAAGAACAUCGUGCAGCGGCUGCGUGAGGACAAGGCUCGCCGGCUGGAGUGGGAACGCCUGGAGGAGAUCCGCAAGAAACGGGAGAAGGAGCAGCGCAUCCGGAAAGAGUUCGAGCGCAGGAUGAACCCCAAGACAAAGGAGGACUUCGACCUGCUGUAUGCUGCUCUAGAAAAGUGGAGACAGGAGGAGCUGGCCUUCAUCGAUGAGAACUACUCGGGAGCGGAGCGGAAGGCACGUCUAUGUGCGCUGCUGGACCAGGAAACACAGCUCAUCUCCGCCAUCGACAGGCACAAGAUCGAUGCCUCCAAGGAGAACAAGGAGAAGAGCAUACAGCACUUCCUGGAUCAGGCUGCUGGUCCCAAGAAGUGGCGGGCGUUUGACGGGAAGAUCACGGAGAUGGACACGCCGUACACGCAGCGUGCGCGGGAGCUGAGGGACAUCUACAACUCCAUCAACAUGAAGUACCUGACUCAGGACGAGAGGCUGGACGUGCUGCUCACGCUCAAGCACACUGUCAAGGAGCACAACUGUAAGCUAACCCAGGAGAUUAUCGAGCUGAUCGACCGUGAGGCUGACCUCCUGAUGAGGGGUGUGAAGGACUCCAACAUGGAGGGGCUGAGGAAACGCAUCUCCACCCUGUUCCUGCAGUACAUCAAGACUCCCACCUUCAACGCUGAGGCUGCCAGGCUGCUCAAGGUGCCACAGGACCCGAUGUCCCUGCGGAAGAACAUCUACUUCUGCCCGAGCUGCGGCAGCUACAAGCCGUCCAUGGACUUCCCCAUGUCCUCCAACACCCGGCUGGUGGGGAAGUGCCGCAAGUGCCAGAAGCUGGACAACGACGCGCGGCAGCGCCAGGACUUCAGCAUCUACCGCACCAUGCUCAAGCAGCUGCGCCGCUCUGAGGAGGCGUACGGGGAUGGGUCGCGCAUCGCCUUCCUCCUGCAGGAGGCUGACCUUCAGUACCUUGUGGAGAACGUGUGGAACUCACAGAGCAUCCUGAGCGCCUGGGACGACCUGUACGACCUUGUGCUGGUGCGCUGGGACAAGACAGAGGAGUGGUCCCCUUGGAACUGCAUCCUCCUCACCAAGGAGGAGGCCUCCGCGCACAAGGUCCUCGACGAUCUGGAGGAACAAUACGGCCCCGUGUUCAUCCACAAAGCCCAGCACAAGCACACGCUGGCCAGGAACUACUUUGCGCGCCUGCCGGGCAUGGCACAGUACAUGAGGGAGAAACUGGCUGCCUCCAAGCAGAAAGGACCAAGUGUCAUGGGGCAUAGGAUGGCGCAAACUACAGCAUGAGACCUUACAAACUACAGCAUGAGGCCUUAGUGUAGUCAACUGGGCAUAAGUAUUUGUGGGGAGUCAAAUUGCAAGAUUUUAUUGAUGCCAUACAGUCAGAUAGCACAGCUGCAUACAUGUACAGGUCUCUAGGACCUGUUCCUCCUUCCUAAGAUUGAAAUCUGUCUGUUGGGAUGGACGAAAAUCUCAUCCCGUCCGUGAAAAAAAAAUCUGAACUUUAUGUCAUACAUAAAAUUGAUGAAAAUGUGUUUUCAUCAGCUUGAAAUGACUGCUACGCUGUGAGUCAGCCAGAUACAAACAUACAUUUUAAGUAAAAGACGUUUUAGCACUCAUUGUUAGUCUUCCAGAUCUAAGAGAGUCACGACGUCACACCUACUUACAUGUCACACUGGUGCGUAUGUCGAGUGUGUAUAAGUUCUGUAUUGACACUUGUUUUUUUUCUCAGGUGAAGUUGGCAGGGAAGAAGUUGUACUAGUAGUUUACUUUGAGCCACAAUUGUACAGCAUGGUUAUUGGGAAAGAAAACGACUUCUUUGAACACAAACUUUACCUAAGCUAGAAAGAAUUGUCAAAACAGAAUUAAUACGGACUUGAUAUACGCACAAAUGUGAACCCCCUUACAUCUCUUAACACUAGUGCUAAUUAUGAAUAAAAUGGUAUUGAUAGUGACCUAUGAAAAAGUCCUGUAUUGUGUACAUUAUUAUUAUAUAUAUAGUGAAUUCACGAUACUAAUGUGAUAGAAAAUAUAUGCCCUCAGACCCCUCCUGUGCAGCAUGACUUUAAAAUUUGUCUUUUUAUUGUCGGUUAAAAAGUUUCGUACUUUUCUGUUAAGAACAAAGCAUGUCCAGUGUAGCAGUAACGUGUUACUGGACACUAUUUGUAAUCCAUAAUGUAUUCUGUGCAGAGAGAGGUACAUAUAAGAACCACUGUACAGUUGUGGUCCAAUGUUUUCGUACACUACUAAGUUUACAUUUGAUGUACAUAUUGUAUGUAAAAAGCACUUUGUAGCUACUGUGUUAACCGUGAAGAGAUUAAAAAGA